AUGGCAUCCGGCCCGAACACCUUCGUGACCAUGGGGGUCUUUACCGCGGAGAAGUUCCAAGGCAACCCGUUGGCACUGGUCUCCGUCCAUGGCAACUCACUCUCUACCGCGCGCAAGUCCCUCAUUGCCAAAGAGUUCAAGUACUCGGAGACUUGCUUUUUACACGAUGCCCCAGAGCCAGGGCAACCUCGAACACUCGAGAUCUUCACCGAGACGGGGGAGGAAUUGCCCUUUGCUGGACAUCCCGUUAUCGGAGCAGCGCAUUUUAUCUUCCACCACCUCGAGAAACUCCAAUACGGGGGGCCGGCCGACAGAGACACCCAGCGACAAUCGGCCGUCCUGCUGACCAAGGCCGGACGUAUACCAAUUUUCUUCAACCCUUAUCGCCAAGUCGCGGCGUGCGCUGUACCUUUCAAGUUCCACGUCCACUCGUAUCAAGUACCGAUCGAAAAGAUCAUCGCCACACAGCCGCAUGUUCAAAUAGUGCCGACCAUCGACAAGGAAAAGGGCAAGACGUUUCCUCUCGUUUCGAUCGUCAAAGGCAUGAGCUUCGUGCUAGUCGAUCUGACAGACAACCCAGAGCUCUUUGCAGCCCUCCAAGGUGGCAAGUCUCCUGAGGUGGAGUUUGAUGAGGAGUGGUCCCCCAGCUUUGUUGGAUGCAUGUACUACAAGCUCACGGCCAGGUCUGAACAACCCGGGGAGCCCACCAUCCACAACAUCCAAGCUCGGAUGAUAUCUCACGGGAUCGAAGACCCUGGCACUGGAAGCGCCUGCUCUGCACUGUCGUGCUAUCUGGCAUUGCGUGAGGCGUCGGGUUCCGUCGAGCCAAAGGCAUCCGACCAAGAUACGGAACUUGCGACGAAGGCCGCAGACCUCAAGCUCGAAGCAAAGACGGAAAGGAAAGUAUUUGGCAUUCAGCAGGGGGCUGAAAUGGGUCGUGUCUGUACCAUUGCUGUCGAAGUGGACGUCAAGACAGACGCGGAUGGACAAAGCACUGUCACGAAUGUGAUCCUGUCGGGCAGGGCCAAUACGAUGAGCGAAGGCAGACUGGUUGGGUUCUAG